UCGCCUUCCGGUUGGGAAUGCCCCAGUGGUUGCUAUGGAUGUGUUGGUGUUGUAGCCUGGUUGCUACAGGCAGAGACGGACCGGGGCUGUGAGCGCAUGGACUUACUCGAGAAACACGAGGACAUUUUAGGAAAAAGGGCAGAGCUGCUGGAGGAGAUGGGGAGUCGCAGAGAGCAGCUGAACAUCCUGAGGAGGCAACAGGUAGAGGAGCGGGAGGCCGCUCGCCACAGGAAUGCCACCUUGCUGCAGGUGAGGACCCCUCACACCGGUGCUCCACCCUCACACCUGUCUUCUCUGUGCCUGUCGUUUACUGACAUCUCCUUCACUUCCCUGCCAGGACUUACAGAAGAUAGAGGAUGGUCUUCGAGGGGGGAAGCUGACACACCCAAAUCUCCUGGCUUUGGAGACAAGGUAUUGGGUGUCUGUGGAAGAGUCCAUCCCAGCCUGGGAGCACUUCCUUUUGGGUAAAGGCCCACACCCAAUUGAUGGUCCAGGACAGACAGCAAGGAGAAACAAACACAACCCCAACAUAGGCCUGCCUCCUCGGCCCAAACCACGGGCUGCCAGAUAGCUGAUUAUGAUGGUGCUACUGCAGCCUGAAAUAACUGUUUUAAAGUGACAUGAUGCAAAUGAGCACAAGUCAGAUGACUCUCAUACUCUGUUCAGAGCCGAAUUCCCUUUUUCUGCUGACCAAUGGGUUUCUAUGGUGAACCAUGGCAUCAAGCAAUGAGAAGAAGCACAACUUUCUGACACCAACAUCAAUGUGUUUGUUAGUGAGGUGGAGGUGGAGAUCGACAGAUUGUUUGGUGGCCACAGCAGUGAUGUCAUUAAUAGAAGAACAUGCACACUGCUGCUGCUGCAGAGUGAGAGUGAGUACGAAUCAGACGACAGUGCCUGAAGUCAAAAAGUGGUCACAUUUAAAGAUGAAGGCAAUCAAUUGUGUCACUGCAUUUAUUUUUACAAAAAUGGGGCCAAUACCUCACACAUCAGGGGGUCCUGACCUCCACUCUGGGACAUCAUUUGGAAUUUGAAGUUUAAAGGUGAACACAGUUUAUUUAUUUCAUGUAGGUGGUGUCUGCCUGACAGCGCAGUCAUGUUCACUGCAGUGAUUUUACACACACGUAAGCACUAUAUGAAGACUACAGGCAUACUUUGUGAUACAGGCGCAGUGUUAUAGAAAUAUAUUAUUCAAAACUAUUAAUCACUGAGUUGUGUAACUGUUAUUUUAUGCUAUUUUAUAGUGAUUUGCUUUAAGUUGUUUUAUAUAUUUUUCAAUUGAAAGUUAUUAUGGAACAAAUGAUUAAUGUUGGAAGUGGAUCAAUAAUCUGGCUUGAAUCCACCUCUUCACAUCGGCAUCGACACUUUCUUACGCAUGGUUUACAGUCUGCGUACAAGUUCGCACAUUCUCCUGUCAUGUUUGUUGUUAUAAAUCCCAACGUUUAUGAGAAGUGGCCAACUCACAAAAUGGGGUCUGAAAGAUGCAUAUGCCACGGUUAAGAAGGAGGCCCCAGGGAUGGAUGCUGGUUGGAGGCUGCUUCACUUGUUUGAACUGUCGUCUUUCCAGGUUGGAUUCAGUGACAUAACCAAUGCAGAGAAAAGGCAGAGCAACAGGUGAUUAUGCAGAAUCACAUCAUUCUGUGUCCAUCCUGACAGGAAGAGGGGGCUGCAGUGACUGAAUCAUGUUUUCUCCGGAGUGUCUGGAUCCUUUGUUUGUGUUUGCAAUGCUGUGUAAAACCCACUAGAGGGAGCCAGCAUUCCAGACAAAAGAAGGAAACAAAUUUCAUCAGAAGAGGUAAACCUUUAGAAACUCUCCAGUUAUAGUAAAUGACUUCCAUGCAUAUUUAUAUAUAUGAUUUUGUAGAUUUUAGAGAUAUAGAAUUUUAUUUUAACAACAUUGACACAAUCUUACAGGUGUUAUCAAAAUGUUUGAAUGAGUUAUUGUAUUACUGCAGUGCGUUUAGUUGUGUUAAGGAUGUCCAAAAAACAACUUGGGGCUCUGCAUAUUCUUUCAGUCAUAGCUCAGCAAGUUGCUGUUUUCAUUUGACAUCAUUAUUCAUGUAGCUGAUCAUCUAAAAAACUCUGAAAGGUCACCAGUGGUGCAGGGUCUCUGUGUAUCACCUCUUUAGGUUUUUAGUUGUCCAUCAGGUGUCCAUGACAGUUUCAUAAACUGGUGAAGUGAAAAAUGGCUAAUUGCUAUCAUUCAUGUUAUAAGAACAAAGAUGUAAUUUGUUAUUGCAGAUAUUACCUGCGAACUAUGUGAUGAUGUAAUCAACAAAUUUGUACAUUUGUUACAGUUUUUGUACUUUCAAUAAACACUGGUGCAUUCAA